AUGGCACUGUUUCUCAUGUCUUCACAAGCAAAGAAGGCAGAUACCUGGAUUGAAAUGAUGAUUGCAAAAAAUAUCCAUGAGAUUGUAUUUGCUGAAAUAUCAGAGUCACCAUUUCAAGCUACAUGUACAACCAAAAAGGUGUAUAAUGAUAAAUGUAAAUUAAUACGCUUUGGACAUGAUUCAAAAAAUAAGAUGCUCGAUGAACUUAUUGAGAAGAAAUGCACAUAUUUAUCUGAUUGGAAGAAUCUUUGUAAUGAUAUUUGUAAGACUGAAUUGUUAUUAUUCCAAGCUUAUAAAACUUCUGAAAUGUUACUUAGUAAGAUAUUUGGGUUUUCCAUUUGCGGUACUCAUAUCAAGCCUUAUUAUUUGAAAAUGUCUAAUUUACUAAGCUUUAAUAAUGAUACUAUUAGUUUGAUUGAAAAAACAAUAAAAGACUUAAACGUAACAUUUUAUGAUAUCAAACAAUUUAAAAAUUCUGAAUUAAUCGGUAGAGGAGCGUUUGCAAAUGUAUACCGUGCUAAAUUAGAAGAUCCCAAUUCAAAUAUAAAUGAUGUUGCGUUAAAAGUUUUUACAAAAGGUGAUAAUGACAAUGAAUCUAUAAAUGCAUUAGCGAGAGAGAUUGAAUUACAUAUGAGGGUAGAUAUGAACAAUAGAAUUAUAAAAUUUUAUGGAAUUACUAAAAGAGAAGUUACUUUGUUUGAACCUGGUCACAACUACGUUCUAGUAUUAGAACUGGCUAAUAGUAGAACAUUGAGAAAUUAUUUGCAAAAUAAUGUAAAUCUUAAUUGGUACAACAGACUCCGUUUAGCAUGA